AGAAUAAGCUGCUAACUCGAAUACUCGUGAGGCAUCCGCGUAGCGCUAUCCUUCGUCCAGAGAGACCAUGAUAAGCGACGACGGAGAUGUCAAAGAGCCCAUAACAAUCGUCGACCAGCACCAUUCUCCCCGCCUCACUCUACAAGAUCUUCCACCCGAGAUACUAUCCGAAAUAUUCCUCUUCUGGCUUCAUCCAUCAAACCACCCCUCGGUGUGGCGAUGGAACCCUCUACUUUUAUGCCGUGUUUGUGGCUCUUGGCGUGCAAUCGCCUUCGCAACGCCUGGUCUAUGGGUUGAUCCUCGCCUUACUCUUCAUACGGACCAAGUGACUGACGCUCACUGCGAGGUCCUGUCCGAAUUUCUCGCUCGAUCAAAUGCACAUCCAUUUUCAUUAUAUCUUGGGACGUUCAACGAAACCACCGAAACCCGUGACGCCUACCAACUGCUUGAAACGAUCUUGCCUUUCGCCAGUCGUAUUGUGCGUCUCGCCUUGGAUCUUCCGCAAUCCGCCCACCGCGUCCUUCAGUCGACCUACCGCCCAGCGGCCACUUUCCCUCUCCUCGAGUUCGUCGACAUAGUGGCGCGUAACGCCGACUAUAAUGAUGACAUGGCUUUCACUCACGAAGCCAUACCCAUCUUAGACACCGCGCCACUCCUUCGAAAAAUCGUCCUGUCGGACGGCUCGGAGGAUAGGGAUGGCUUGGUAGAUAGGUGUGACGGAUCUUUUCUCCAUCACUUCUCCCUCCCAUGGUCUCAGAUCACGACGCUUAAUUCAGAAAAUGUCUUCGGAUCUCCCGAUCAAGCUCGUCUCAUAUUAUGCCAAUGCAUCUCCCUCGAGUGGUGUACAUUGGGCGGGAUACCCACCUGGCAAGGAAAUGAUGCCAUCGCCAACCUUCCAUUUUCCACACUUUCUCACCUCGACAGGAUGGAAAUCACAUUCGAGGAUGAUCAUUACCAAAGCUUCACCGCGUUCUUCUUUCAGCCCCUCCAACUACCAGCACUCACGACGCUCCACCUCACCGCACCUUCUGGGCAUGACCAGACGGAAACGGGGCUGUACAUGCCAUUUCUUUUCAACAAAAUUGGGACCACGUUGACGCAGCUUCGGAUCGUGAAUCUACGCCUCAGCCCAAUCGAAGUCAUACCCAUCCUCAGCACUUUACCAGUCUUGGAAUAUCUAGAGUUCGGGUUUUGUCAUGUGGCGACGGACGAUCUAUUCUUCGAUGCGCUCGAUUACGAAGGAUCCACCUCGCCGAUCCCACUCGUUCCCAGCCUCCAAUUCCUGGAGAUCAGAGAGCACAGUAGACACGGAUUAAAUAUCACACCGGCUGCGGUCGUGCGCAUGAUCGUUGGGCGGUGGUGGUCGGAUCCGGUGCUCGAAAUGUUGCAGCCAGAGGUAGCGCGAUGGACGAGCGUUCGCAUCAGCUGGGACGACGAGGAACCGAUGGUGUUCAGUGCGGAGGAUCAGCGGAUGUUGGAUAGGUGUCGAGAGGAGGGGCUGCGCUUGUCGAUAUCGUGAUCCACUGGCUCUUGCCGUAUAAUUGAUCCUAUACGAUCUUCGACAUUCCAUUUCCCCAUACUAAACCUGACUCGAGUCUCACCGACCUACAUCCAAGAUUCGUAAAGCUCGGUAACGCGGACAUACUGGUCUCAGUUUCAAUCAGUUAUUUCAGUACUCUCUGGCAGAAACACCUUUCAAUACAACAGUUGUGUAUCUAUCAAGAACGCUAUAGUCACCUCGUGCGGCUAGCUAUCAUCACAAUCUCUCCUGCUGCAAACGAGCUAUCU